AUGCUUUUUUUUUUCUUACAAGACGCUCAAUGUAGUCUCUGCAUUGCUAGCUGGCAGUUGUUGACGUGUGACGAGUUUCAACCGACGCAAUCGGGCCUUAUCAGCCCUUCAGAAAGUAUAGUAGUACUUUGUAGCUCAGCGUUAGUUCCUGUGGCCUCAGUUAUGGCUGCAGCCAUGCUUCUGUUCAGGUUCAAGGGCUAG